UAUCAAAUCGAUCAUGCUAUUUUUAACAAACUAGCUUAGACUUAGAUUGUAUUAUUAUUAGGGAUGUGUACAGUAUCGAUGUUUGCAAUACAGCAGAUUUUAAAAAAAAUACUGCGUUAUUUUAACAUAAAAAUGGAUUGACUUAGAGUAUAAUACAAUCGUGAUUGCGCUUUGUAACACAAAGUCGUGUAACGCCACGCUUCCAGCCUCACUGUGGAUUCGGAUUGGAAUAUGUCUCCAUUUUCUCAUAUCCUUGACAACAUAGGAUUACAAACGUUUCCAUCACUCAUUCAAGCAUAACAUAUUUUUAAUGAGUUGAGUUUCGAGUCUAUUUCGGUUACUUGUUAGUGUUAAAUUGAUUUAAUAAUAAUGGAGCUACUUCUAAUUGUGUCACUGUUUUCUUUUGGUCUGGCUUAUGAUAAAGCAUCUUUCUAUGGAGCCAGUUACAUCGCAUAUCCUCUCCAAGAAGCCAAAGGAGCCACGGAUAUUAGCUUUAAAUUCCGCACCCAUUUGUCAGACGCUUUACUUCUUCUUGCUGCUGGAAAAACUGAUUACUGUAUGAUUCGUCUGGAGAGUGGCCGUUUAAAACUUCAUAUAAACCUUGGCGCUGGUGAAAGUGAGCUUUCCUCACCCAAAGGAAUACAUUUAAAUGAUACUCAGUGGCAUCAUGUUAGUAUUAUUAGAAGAGAAGCAAAUCUCACAAUGAAGAUUGAUGAAAGUACAGUGAAAAAGCGACUACCCGGAAGGUUUUUUGAACUGAACAUACAUUUUGGAAUAUUUCUUGGUGGACAAGGUGACUUCUCUGAAUUGUUUCUUGGCCAUAUGGAAAACUUUCGGGGCUGUAUAGAAGAUGUAUACUACAAUGGAGUUAAGAUUAUUGAGAAAGCUCGUAGCCGUACUGGUUCAGUGCACGUGGAAGGCGUUACUUGGAACUGCGCUCCAGAGUUCGAUGCCGACAUUAAUUCCGAUAUAAGUUUUGUUGAUGAAGGCGCUUAUUUAAUUUUACCGAGAAUUAAUUCAAGAGCUGGUGGGCGAUGGCAGAUAGAAUUUAAAACAACAACUCCAAAUGCUAUAAUCCUGUAUAAUUACGGAGGAGGGCGUGGCUCUGAUUUCUUAGCGGUUGAGAUUUUAGAAGGAGUGGUUCGUGUCAAAAUGGCGAAGGGACAGAUAGUACAUACUGUCAGAGUUAAUGAUGGCCAGUGGCAUAAAAUACAUUUGCUAUUUAAUCCAUCACUUAUUGAGCUAUCAGUGGACAAUAUAGCGAUGAGUACACGGAUAGAAAGUGGGGGAAUGCGGUAUCUGGAUCUCUCCGACUCUUUCUAUCUCGGAGGGAUAGAGAGUGAGAAACGACAGCGUGCUUUCGCUAAAGGCAUUAAAGCUGCCGAUUCUAGUAUUAUGGGUUGCAUUAAACCUAUUGAGGUGGAUGAUAAAUUAUACGGCCUUCCGAAUGCAGUGGUGACAUAUGGUGUCAGCCCUAAGUGUGUUUGGUGGUAUCCAUGCCAUGCUAACCCUGCCAACCCGCCUUGUCUGCCCAACGCUGUCUGCGAACAACAUGGCCUCGACCAUUUCACAUGCAAAUGUGACUCCGAACUUUGUAUAAAUCCUGAUUAUGCGGAAAAGUAUAAGGUGUUUUCAAAAUCGAGCAGUGAACUGGAAUUGGUUUCCCUGUACCCGCUGACAGUACAAGAAGGUGGGGUAGCGGUUAUAACAACGCAAAAUAUAGAUGUAGUACUGGAUCAUCACAAGUAUGGAGUGCGACCGUCUGGUGUGGUACUACACGUCGCUCAGUCACCAAUGCAUGGACGUAUCGCAGUUGAUCUGUCACUACAAAGGAAUCUCCCACAAUAUGCUAAUUACAUCGAUGGAGAAGGGAAAUCUAAACAGUUUUUUACCCUCAUGGAUUUAUCAAGAGAUAAGGUGCGCUACGUUCACGACGGCUCUGAAAAUCACCAGGAUGCUAUAGUUGUGGAAAUGGAGCUGGUGCCAGAAGCUCGCUUCACCUUACCCAGUUAUCUUCAGGGUCGUCAUGCGUUUGCACUCCACGUCAAUGUGACCCCAGUCAAUGAUGCUCCAGUACUGAAUCUACCGCCGGGGAAAGUGUUACGGCUCACACAGGGUACCCGUAAAGUUAUUACCUCGGAGAUACUAAAAGCGGAAGAUCCGGAUACACCGCCUGAAGAUUUACUCUACACUGUGUUGCAUGGAAAAAAUGAAGCGAGCAGUGGUCAUAUUGAGAUGUCAGGUCAGCCUGUUGACUCGUUCACACAACAGGACAUCGACGCGGGCGUAGUGUCAUACGUACACGGCUCGAGUGGGGACAAGCAGUUGAACAAAACGUCCUUACGAUUGACAUUACAGGUAUCCGAUGGUAUUGAGACCAGCGGUGCAAGUGUCCUGCGCAUAUCUAUCGUGCCUCUACAAGUUCGUCUUGUUAACAACACGGGCCUGCAACUGGUCCAUAACUCAUAUGCGAUCAUCUCCGCUGACAAUCUCACAUUCGCAACAAAUGCUGAAGAAAGCAACGCUCAAGUUCGCUAUGACAUCGUAAAGCCGCCUCAGUUCGGCGUGGUGGAGAGGUUGCGAGUGUUGGACGGCACUUGGCAGACUGUCGACUCCUUUACGAGCGAAAUGAUUAACUUUGGCCGGGUGCGGUACAUGCAUCUCUUAGGCAAUCCCUCACAUGACGAGUUUAAGUUUAAAGCGUCGGUGGGUGCGAUACGAACGAAUAUUCUAUACGAUUUUCGAUUGACAUUCAUCAAACUGGAAUUAUAUCAAUCUACAAAUGAAGAGUUGGUAUUGAAUAACACGAGAGAAGCUUUCAUAUCUCCUCUGCAUUUACGAUUCCAAACCAGACCUAUUCCUCUAUCGGCCGAUAGAAUCUUAUAUACAGUGCUGAAGCCACCUAAAUAUGGUAUCCUACAUCUGUCGUCUGGCAAACACCAUCUACUUAUGUACGGUACUUUCACCCAACGGGAUAUAGACACGGACCAAUUGUGGUACAGAUUGCACAGGCGAGCGUAUUCACAUAUACACGAUGAGUUUGCGUUCGUUGUUGGCGCUAACGAAUGCGAAAAUGUGACCGGAGUGAUGACAGUCCGGCAUACGCCGAGCUAUCUCACGUCGGAACACUCGCAAGGUAGACUGCACACUACAUUAGAGAGGCUACAAGUCAUGGAAGGCUCGAGAAUGGCGAUACCGGCCAGCCAUCUCGACUUCCGAACGGACGCUGUCACGAAUUUGUUGUUCAACAUCACCCAUGUACCGAGGCACGGUAAGAUCGAAGUUAUCAAUGACAAUCUCAAAGUGAUCAGAGACAAUACGACUUAUUUUACAUUGCAAGAACUCAACUCCGAUCGCGUAUAUUACGCGCACGAUGAUUCUGAGAGUAGACAUGACUCGUUCCAUUUCAUGGCUCUGAGUCCGGAGCCGGAAGACUUUCAGUACGUCGGUGUGUUCCAUAUCGAUAUUAUACUAAAGAACGAUAACAGUCCCGUCCGUGUCAAUGAAAAUGUUUUUCAUAUAGUUCACGGCGGUGCGAGACUUAUAACGGCGAGAGAUCUUAGCUACACCGACGCCGACUUGGAUACGAGGCCGUCUGACAUCAUUUAUACUGUUCAAAGGUUUACAAAAGACCCACCCAAUGGUGGUAUCUUCCGUGCCGACAAUCCAUCGGAGCAAAUCGCUCAGUUUUCACAAGAUGAUAUCAAUAAGAAUCUAGUGUUGUUUAAACAUCAAGGCAAGGAGUAUGGCAAAAUGGCGUUCUGGAUAUCGGACGGCUUGUUCGAUGUCAAUGGAAACUUGGAAAUACAAGCGUCACCGCCAUUUAUAAGGAUGUAUCCAACGAACGGAUCGAUUGUUGAGAAUGGCAAGGCUGUUGUGAUCACCGCCAGAGAUAUGCAGGUGGAUACAAAUAUGAAUUGCCUAGAAGAAGACAUUCGAUACGAAGUAACACAGGAACCAAAGCACGGCACUAUGGAGGUAGGCGAAGGUGUAGGCGCGUCCACCUUCACGCAACUGGAUGUAGCGGCCGGCAGAGUUGCCUACAGGCAUACGGAGCCUAACGUGCCGAGCGAUUGCUUCCGUUUCAAAGUGAUGUGUUUGGAUACAUGGGGCGAAGGUACAUAUCCUAUCAAGAUUUUUCCGUCAAGUUACUGGGAGCCUCUGCGAGUGACAACCAAUAAACCACUUAUUGUGGAAGAAUCGACUAGCGUUAAUAUAACGAAAGACGUUCUAGAGGUGAUGCAUCCUCAAAUAGAGCCAUCGAACAUAGUAUAUCAAGUUACGGACGGCCCAUACUACGGUUGGCUCGAAAUAACAUCUACUCCGGGGACAGUUGAACUGGAGAAUUAUAACGAAGAGCCCGUACACACACGAGUAUUCGAUCAAUCUAUUAUCAAUGUAAACAGAUUAACAUAUGUACAAUCGGGUGUAAAUCGUACCAGAGAUAGAAUCAAAAUGGACGUUACAAAUGGAAUAGUAUGGUUGAGAGGUGUCGAAUUAAUUGUGAUAAUAAUUCCUGAACAUUAUUAUGUUAGAUCUUUGAACCUAACAGUUGUGGAAGGUGAAGCUGUCAGCUUGAGGCCGGAUUUAUUUAAAACAAUAACGGAAUAUUAUCGCGGCAAAGUUGUAUCUUAUAAAGUGAUUGAGAAACCAAAGUUUGGUAAGAUUGUAACGGGUGAUCAAGAUAUCGGACUUUUGCCAGUUUUGAAACUGAACUCUGGGAAUAUACAGUAUGUAAAUGAUGGUUCGGAAGAGUCGACUGAUGCAAUACGAUUAGUUGCACUAACGGAAGGCGGUAAAGAAAGUGAACCGUUCUAUUUGUACGUGAACAUAGCUCCAGUGAACGAUGAGACGCCGAUAGUGGCCGCUAAUACCGGUCUCUGUGUGUGGGAGGGCGGCACGUUUACCUUCACUAGGAAUGAAUUAUAUGUGAACGACGUCGACACGCCGCUGGAGAACGUGACUAUUCGCGUGGUAGACAUACUGUCAGGUUACAUUGCGCUCAAACACGACCUCGACACGCCGCGACAUAGCUUCACGCAGGCAGACAUCGACAGGGGACAAGUCAUCUUCGUACACACCAAUGGCAGCAAAGGCAAAAUGAUAUUCAACGUGACAGAUGGACUUCACGAAUUAUCCAAGAUCACAUUCCUCAUAUCGACAAAGUCAGUCUCACUCAAGCUGGUGCGAAAACACAACCUGCGCGUGUUCCCACUUAUGACUGAGCCCCUCAACAACUACUUCCUGAUGGCCAAAUGCUCUGACCCAACCAGAACUAUAACAUACAAAGUAAUCCGAGCACCUAACCUCGGCAGACUUGUCAUGCUCAAUGGAGACAACCAUCACAGAACCAUCAAAAUGUUCACACAAGAAGAUAUCAAUAAUACUUUAGUAUACUACGAACAUACCCAUCCCUUCUCCGAUUUAUACACGAAUGAUUCAUUUGUAUUUAGCAUAGAAGCCGCUCUCGCAAAAUCAAUCACUGACCAAACAUUUAAUAUAGACAUAUCAGUCUCCUCCGGUGGUCUCGCUAAAUACGUAAAUAUACCGCAAACAAAAGUUCAAGAGGGCGAUAAAGUACCUAUCGUUGUGAAUGUAACUAAUGUGAUAAGUUAUCUGGAGAGUCAAGCGGGAGUGAGACAGCCGCAAGUGGAGGCGCAGUGGUCACAACCAGCACAUGGUAGACUCAACCCCUUCAUGUCGUCUCUCACACAAGCACAGAUGGAGACAGGAGUUGUUAACUACGAACAUGACGGCUCCGAUACCUUAGAAGACAAAAUAGACAUGUCUCUGUACCUUUUGCCAGAUUACGUCCUUCUCUGUAAUGUCACUAUACAUAUAAUAAUAGUUCCCGUCAACGAUCAACCUUUCAGGCUAUUGACGGACACCCCACAAAUACAAGUAGUCCAAGGUGAAAACUAUACGAUAACCAAAAAUGAUCUGUUAACCGAAGACGCAGAUACGGAACCGACAGGCAUAUUGUACGAUAUAAUUAGCGGACCAACUCAAGGCAGAAUUGUUAUGCUGGAUAAGAACCAAUCAAUGGAUGACGCUCAUUCUAUAAACAAAUUCUCUCAGGAAGACAUAAAUAAUGGUCGUGUGGUUUAUGAACAUUCCGGUAUGUUACAAACUGCUACUUUCUACUUCAGAGUAUGGGAUGGUCAGUUCAAACCUACAUACACCGUGUUCACAAUAGAUGUUAUACCAGUUAUUCUGAAUGCAACAUCACUUCAUCCUAUUUAUCUACAACAAGGAUCUAAUGUGGCAACAGUCAGCACCGAACAAAUACACGUGGAUACGAACGCUAAGAUAUCUAAAGUAUGGUACAAUAUCACACGACAACCUAUGCACGGAAUGAUCUAUGUGGGGAGGAGUCCAGUCACUUAUUUCUCACAUAAAGAUUUGAUGGAUAAAGUUGUUAUUUACAUGCAGAAUGAUAUGACAGUUGCCAACGAUAGUUUUGAAUUAAUAGCAUAUGCGCAUAAUACCAAUUCAACUUUACCUUUCGCUAUUGAGGUGAUUGUUCAGCCUCUCAUGAUACUUGGAGAACUGAAAGUAGAUGGAGACAAAACUAAACUAAAUUUGAACGGCUUGGACGCCACUGAAUUAGCGAAAUUAACAGCCAGCGAUCCAGUGUAUACGAUAAUAAAGAAGCCAAAAUACGGAACUAUUAAAAAGAUUAUCAGGUCUUCGGGAGAGAAGACCAGUGCCAGAGAAAGGGAAGUGGCCUAUUUCACGCACGAAGACGUGAAAGCUGGCGUCAUAUACUUUGUUACUAAGAAGAAAAUGAGCGAUUUAAAUGGAUACGAGGAUAGUUUUCGAUUCCUUUUGGCUGCCUCGAUAUUUCAACCUGCGGCGGGGGAUGUUAAAAUUUUAAUCGGAAGUAGAUCGAAAAAGAACCUGCCUGGUCCUAAUGACCCUGAGAGUCAUGAAGGUGUUCUGGUUAACAAUGGUGAAUCAACGUCUUAUUACAUGAUGAUAGUGAUGGCGCUAUCAGGCGUGGUGCUGGCUAUCAUAGUGAUAGCUGGUCUCAUCAAAUGUCGCCGGUACUUGGCACGAGAGAGGAACGCGCUUGUCAAGAUACACGGACAGGGUCAGGGCGCGGUUGCGCCUAUACCACUGCCGCGCCCACCGGAACAUUUGAUGCCGUCGCCUACGCAAGCCACGCCCCCUAUCAAAAGGUAUGUGCCGUCGGAGCAAUCAGCUACGACAGGUGCAAGCACGCCGCUGCCGUCCGCAGGCAGCGUGGCCUGUAAAGUCACUCCCCUGCCGGACGCUCCUCCGGAUUUAAACGCACGAUAUCCAUAUGGCGCUGAUGCUGAAGAAUGGAGCAACUAUGAGGCGAGUGAAUCAGCGUACGCGGGCGUGGCGGUUGCGGCGAAUCCAAUGCUGCGCCGCAACCAAUACUGGGUCUGACCCGAGACCAUGACCAACACUCGCACGCUGCCAGCGGCGCGCG